AUGAUCCCGAUCCCGGUGGUGGUGUGCGUGCUGGGGGGCUGGUGCGCCAUCUACCUGGCGGAUACGCUGCUCAAGUCAUCCAACUCUCUGAAGGCAUCUUAUGAAGACUGGCUGCUGACAUACGGCUUGAGCGUCUCUCCUUUUCACAUGCGAUGGCAAACAGCUCUCUUCAACCGCCAGUUCUACAAUUGGGGGAGAUGGAAACCCAGAUUUCUGUAUUUAUGGUUCAGCAUAGGAAUGGUGUUUGGUAUAGUUGCCAUGUUUGGCUCUGUUAUUCUUCUCGGAAAGACGCUGAUGCAAACACUGACACAGAUGCUCACUGAGGCACCAAAAGCCCAGAAUGAUCGUAUGCUGCAAGUUGUAGUGCCUGGUGUAAAUUUGCCUGUCAGCCAGCUGACCUAUUUCUUCUCUGCAAUCCUCAUCAGUGGUGUGAUACAUGAAGUCGGCCAUGGGGUGGCAGCUAUUCGAGAACAAGUACGAUUUAACGGAUUUGGGAUUUUUAUCUUCAUUGUCUAUCCUGGAGCAUUUGUUGACCUCUUCACAACCCACUUGCAACUGAUAUCUCCAGUCCAGCAAUUAAGGAUAUUUUGUGCAGGAGUGUGGCAUAAUUUUGUUCUUGGUGCUGCAAGUUUCAUUGUUUUGUUUCUGCUGCCAGCCAUUCUUUUCCCUUUCUAUUACACGGGUGUUGGAGCACUCGUCACUGAGGUCGCAGAGGAUUCUCCUGCCAAUGGACCAAGAGGUCUUUUUGUGGGAGACCUUGUCACUAACCUACAAGACUGCCCAGUCUAUAGUGUGGAAGACUGGAAUUCCUGUCUGGGAGACAUUUCAGAGAAGUCACAGGUCGGCUACUGUAUAAGUGCAGCCACCCUACAGCAAUUAAGCUUUCCAGCUAGAGUCUAUAGAAGACUCGAUGGCACAGUUGAAUGUUGUAGUAACAACAGCCUCACAGACAUUUGCUUUUCAUAUAGCAAUAACUUGGACAGCCACCUGUAUGCCUGUCUGCCAGCGCGAAAAGUUAUUGAGGCCAGCAAAGUUUGUCGAACCAACACAGACUGCCAGAAGGACUUUGUUCCAAGCUUGUGUGUGACUCCUUCUUUAGAGAACCAAACAAGGCUAAUCAGGGUAAAACAUCCACCUCAUAUUGACAUGCUGUAUGUAGGACACCCCAUGCAUCUUCAGUACACAGUAAGUCUCAGCAGUUUUGUACCACGACAAAACUUUCUAAGCAUCGAUCUGCCUGUGGUGAUAGAGACAUUUUGCAAGUACCUAAUUUCACUGUCAGGAGCACUGGCAGUUAUCAAUGCUGUACCCUGCUUUGCUUUGGAUGGUCAGUGGAUAUUAAAUUCAUUCCUGGAAGCCACUCUGAGCUCCCUGAUUGUAGAAAAACAAAACAGAGAGCUUGUUGGCUUUUUAAUUUUGCUUGCUGGUAGUGCACUUUUGGCUGCCAAUGUUGCACUGGGACUUUGGAUGGUGACAGCACGGUAG